AUGGCCUCCCAAACCCUCCUCCACCCUCUCCGGAGGCGCCUCCCCAGAAUAAUCACAAGACCAUCACCCUUCCCAACCACAACCACAGCACCGCCACAAACCCGCCUCUUCUCAAACACAUCUACCCUCCGCGCCAAAGUCGUACACCCAGACAUCGACAGGUACAUCCGCUACAGCCUCCGCGACGGUCCCCCGCGCACAUCGCGACCGAAACCGCUCUUCUCCCUCCCGCAUCAAUGUCCGUGGCCGAAAAUCAUACCAAUGACAGCCGCAUCCUCGAGCUUCGCAUCAGCAUUCCAACCCACACCGUCACAGCGGAGAGCGUCCUCCUCGUCAUCGAUAACGUCGUCUCUCGACGCCAAAAAGCUCAAAGACGAGGAAGAUAGGAAGGAGCUCUCCCGACGGUCGCGACGAUUCGAAUCUCAAUUAGACGCCCUUGGCAUUCUCCGGGAGGAUUUGAUAGACAGAGCGAGUCACGUCUACCGAGAACAUCAUCGGCUCUUGUCUCACGUGAAUGCCCUGAACGUCAUCACGGAGCGUAUGGUCAGCAGAGGCAAGAUUCUCUCCGAACUGGAGAGAAGGUCUGCGGCCGGCGAGACCAUAUUCACUGAUGAUUGCGAAUACGACGGCGCCGGAGGAAGCACCAGGGAUAGCAACAGGAGCAGCGCCGGGAGCGGCACCGGGGACGGCAUCGAGGCGUAUCUCUCCGACACUGACUUGGCGAUGUGCGGGGUCUUCUUCUAUCUCCUUUUCUGGGGUUUAUGCGCAGCAUGUAUCGCCAAAAUGUCGAGUGAAAGUCCAGAGACUCGGGAGUUGAAAAAAGUGACGGCGUCGGAUAGCAGCCUACCUCGCGACGCCGCAGAAGUAAAGUCAAAGGGUGGCGACGAGGAGGUCCAAGAGCUGCAAUAUCUCGCGAAGCCGUAG